AUGGCCAAGUUGGUAAGGCACCUCACUAGUAAUGAGGAGAUCGUCAGUUCGAAUCUGGCUGAAGGCAUUUUUAUUUUUCAAAUAUUUCUGUAUGCGAUAUUUCGAACUAGUUAA